AUAAAGUCUCAUCGAUAGAAUAACGUUCGUUUUCUGCUGCCUGUGUGACUCAUUGAACACUUAUUCCGGCUUUGGUACGGUCCGAAUACUAUACAGUUCAUGCAAAAUGAGUCGGUAGUAUUCGGCUAGUGCUACUGUGCUUUAUAGCUUGGCAAGCUAAGCAGAUUAAGGCGAACUGUAAACGACAUUAAAACCGAAAUGUCUGGCCCAAACAGCGACCCGGACAUGUCUGUCGACGACGUGAACAUCGACGAUGAAGAAGAAAUCGAGGAUGAAGAGUACGCAGCAAUCAACUCAAUGCUGGAUCAGAUCAACUCCUACCUCGAUGGUAUUGAAAAGCAGAACGAUGCUCUGAACGGGAAGCUGCACGACCUCAUGGAGUCAAACCGACAAGCCAGACAGGAGUUCAGGGCCCAGCUGCUCAACUCCACGGGUCAAGCGGACGACAAACCCGACUCCACCGACAAACCAGGCAAAGACCAGGACCCGUGUGGUUCACAAACCUCUGAAAAGAGCAGCUAGACUUGAAAAAUGUAUAUAUAUUUUUUUGUGGUAACAUCUGUUUGUUGGACUUCCUAUUGUUCCGUUACCCUCUGUACCACAGUGACACACCAGAAGUCUUUAAACAGAUCCUUAACCUGACGUCAUAGAUGCUCUUAAAUGUUGCCAAGAGCGUUAUGCCAUCAUCGCCUCCUAAUAAGCAGUAAGGUUAAACAAAGGAGGGCUGGUCCAAGUGUGUAGAGGGAUGAUCGAUGUGUGUAAUCAUGUGUCCGCUGUGCUGUGCCGCUGUUCUUGUGAAGAUAUUAAAGAAGAAAUGACUGUCGAUGAUGCACUGGUCAUUGACAACAUUCCAAACACCUGCCUACUAUGGCGUCAAACAUACAGUGUUGUACCUCUAAAGAAGCAGCUCAUCCGCUGGGCUCGUCUGCUGUGGUCACAUCUGGAAAGGAGCCAGCCAAAUUGCUCUGUACUCAACAAACUUCUUCUCAACAGAAGUAGGUCAAGUUCAACCCGGAGGCCUCAUGCGGCCCUCAUGAGUUCAGAGCAAAACUACAAAAGAAAAAAACUUGUUUACCAUUUAAAUUCCAAGUCAUUGGGUGUUUUAAGGCUUUUCCUUUGCCCCUUACCUUUUUCUUUUUAAAUUACAUUAGUUUUAACUACAUUCCUCACUAUUCCUUUAAUUAUAUUAGACAUCCUUUAUUUGUCCUGCGUUGGGAAAUUCCACAGGUCAUUUUAACAGUAUAUCCCUCAAACUAGAGGAAUAAAAUUUUAUAUAUAUAUACACCUAGUAAUAAAGUGCCAUAAUCUAAUUUUCUCCAUAGUUCUGCAACAGUUAUUCUAAUAUUCAUUAUUUAUGUUGAGGAUAUUUAAAUACACAGUUUAUAAAAUGAAAUCUGUCCCCAUUUUAUAAUGUUCAAGCAACAAUAUGUAAUUUACAUUUGAGAUUAUUUUUCUUCUGUCUGUCUGGCAGCUUGAUGGCCUCUCACCAACGUCAUAACAGCAACUAAUGUGGCCCCUUAGGAAAUUGAAUUGCCCACUGCCUUGACUAAAACCAUUCCUGUAAAUUUCAUGCCAACUUACUUUUGUGGCACCUCAAGGUUCCGUUCCGUAUCUCUUCCAAUUUAAUUCUAAUUUUCGCUUCCUCCAACAUCUGAAACUAAAACAGUUUGCUCACUGCAGUACUGUGUUGUGGAUUUAAGAACUCAAACAGCCCCAUGAUAUGGGAAAUAAUCAAUAAAUAAAUAAUAGAAAAAAUACAGAAUCAGAACAUUUCAUUUCAUUUUAAUAUAAAUUAAACAGCCUGCCUUGAACAGAAAACAUGAAAUAUACAAUUAACUUCCAGCAUUUAAAAAACUUCACCAGUCUCACCAGUGUUGGAAUAAAAAUACAACAGGAGAGUUCUGUUUUAAUCUUCAUCUACAUCUGGUGGUCCCAGACCUGUCGCACAUGACUGUUGCCAUGAGUACAAGUGUUGCUACACAUCAGUCAGACAGACCUUCAGUCCAGUAUUCCCCUGUAUCUACCACAGGAUGAAAUGUUUAAGGUCACAAAUAAGGAAGCGAAUCAGGAGACACUUCAGAUCUUAGAAUGAGAAAUAAUCUCCUUGAUAAACACGUAAACACACUUAAAAUCCUUCUCUAUCCAGUGUGAAGAAACACAGCAUCAAAAUGAACACACAAAACUUAAAAUAAAUAAUUUAAGAGGGUAUCAGUCCAAUGAGGACACAUGUCCAAAGGAAAGUGACACUUUGAGAUGGAACAAGAAACAAAACAAAACCAAUUGAAAAAGUAUUGAACACGCCAAAGUCAUUUGAUUUCGGCUACGGAAAAGUGCAGCCCACCGAUUAUUGUGUGAGUAGAAUGUUAGAUCCCAUUUGUCUUGUGGAACAAGGGAGCAGGCUACAGAGCACAGGAACGUCAAGCUUAGUCUGAGAUAAGGGGAAGCAAGACAGUUUCCUAAAGUACAGUAGCCUACAAUGUAGUCCUUAUUAUGUGAUGGCCAUGAUGUUCAGUAACAUCAUCAUGUCUAGUAUAUUUCUCAUCCAACCAAUCCAACAACAUGGGAUGCAGCACAACAAUAAUUUAAAUUAGAUAAACACAACAUCAGUGUCUGCAUUUUGUGUUGUAGUCUUCACUUCUUCAACCUGUGUUUGACUGUUCACUGGUUUUCAAACUCAAAGCAAA